AUGAAAAAAGUACUAGACUGGUUGCUAGACCAAGGGCUAAACAUUAAUGCUCCAAGCGAGGAGGCUCACUACUCUGAUAGUAACAGAGAGGGUCACGAUAAUGCGGUUGGAGUUCUAAACAGAGCUGCAACGUAUGACGACGUCGAUAUUCUCGAUCAUCUCGUUGCUCGCGGUGCAGAACCUACCCACAGCAAUGCCCUUCACCAUGCUGCCAUGUCAUUCACUAUGGUUGCUUAUCUGAUCGGCAACUACAAACUUGACGUCAAUGCGGACGAUAGCCGCGGAGGCCUUAACGCUCAAACACUUGGCAGUGGGCCAUGGGGCUGUCCCCUUAACUAUCCAGUUUCAAACUCCAAUCUCCUGGCAGUCGAGUCGCUGUUAAAAUACGGCGCGGAAGUUGGAGACAGUCCGGCGAUAGCCAUUAGCAAGGGGCACGCCCCGAGUCUCAAGUUGCCUCUCGAUCACGGUGCUGACUCUUCAGAGGCUCUAGACACUGCUGUUCGUAUGGACUUUGUCGACAGCUGCAAACCCUGCCUCUAG